AAUUGCUUGUUCAUUGUAAAUUGGUUUUAACGAAAAUCAUUUUACCCUCCUAAAAUUGGAAGAAGGGAAAUCUUGUAAAACCCGCCAAAAUAUCAUCCAUAACUGAACCCUGCUGAGUGCUGUCUCAGUUGAGCUGAACAUCAAUGUCUUCCGUAUCCAUAUCCUUCUCACCACUCGCGUCUUCUCGCCCCAAUAAACCAUAUCGCAAAAAGCUUCCACAAAACCCUAAUCCCCAAUUUUCCCCCAAAUCAAAAUCAAAAUCAAAAUCAAAAUCAAAUGAAAAAUCAACAUCAUCAAUCGCCAUUGAAGCAACCACCUACACUCGUCUCCCACCUAAAGAUGACUUUUUCGCCUCUUCCCUCAUCGACGCGUAUCGAGAAAUCAAGCUUUCUGACUCAACCGUUGUUCCGAAAUUCGAGGACGAAAAAAUCGCCGUUGAAUUGAGGGAAUUUGAUCAACUAGAUAACGGGGAGAAGCUCAGUGGGUUUAAUUAUCAGGACUAUGAGGUUCCAGAUGUUAUCGAUGAAAAAUUAGAAGAAAAGUAUGAUUUUGUAGACGAAGAAGAUGAUGAUGAUGAUGAAAUGGUGGUUUUCGAAGGUGAAGUAUUCGAGGGAUUAGGGGAGGAGACAGAUGAGAAGGAGAAGGGGGUUCCAGCAGUGAUGAGAUGUUUCGACAGGGCGAAGAUAUUUGCGAAAGCUGGAAAUGGAGGAAAUGGUGUGGUGGCAUUUAGGAGAGAGAAAUAUGUGCCAUUUGGGGGGCCAUCAGGGGGAGAUGGAGGGAGAGGAGGAAAUGUGUAUGUAGAGGUGGAUGGAGCAAUGAAUUCGCUAUUGCCGUUCAGGAAUUGUGUGCAUUUUAGGGCGGGGCGAGGGUCGCAUGGGCAGGGGAGUAACCAGCAUGGGGCUAAAGGGGAGGAUGUGGUAGUAAAGAUUGCACCAGGGACAGUGAUUCGAGAGGCGAGGGAGGAUAGGAUUGAAGGCCAAGUGUUGUUAGAGUUGUUGCAUCCAGGGCAGAGGGCUCUGCUUUUGCCUGGGGGAAGAGGUGGCCGAGGAAAUGCUGCGUUUAAGUCAGGAUUAAAUAAGGUGCCAAGGAUUGCAGAAAAUGGGGAGGAAGGUCCUGAAAUGUGGUUGGACUUGGAGCUCAAGCUAGUUGCCGACGUCGGAAUUGUUGGUGCACCAAAUGCUGGAAAAAGCACACUUCUGAGUGUCAUAAGUGCUGCUAGACCAGAAAUUGCAAACUACCCUUUCACAACUUUGCUUCCAAAUCUUGGUGUAGUUUCAUUUGACUAUGAUUCAACAAUGAUUGUAGCUGAUUUACCAGGUUUGCUUGAAGGUGCACACCGAGGUUUUGGUUUAGGCCAUGAAUUUCUACGACAUACUGAAAGAUGUUCUGUCCUGGUGCAUGUUGUUGAUGGUUCAUCCCCACAGCCAGAAUAUGAGUUUGAUGCAAUUCGUCUGGAGCUUGAAUUGUUUAACCCUGAACUUGCAGAAAAGCCUUAUUUAGUUGCUUUUAACAAGAUGGAUCUUCCAGAAGCAUCUGAAAGAUGGGAAAUAUUCAAGGAACACCUUCUGGCUAAGGGUAUUCAAUCUUUCUGCAUGAGUGCUAUUAGUAAACAGGGUACUCAUGAAGUAGUUUGUGCUGCCUAUGAGCUAGUAAGGCAAGUUAGGGAAGCUGUAAAGGAGGUUGAAGGUUGGGCCGCUCCUGUCAAUCUUAAUCACGUGGCGGACAGGAUAAAGAAGAAACGAGCUGUCCCUAUAAAUGAGUUUGAGAUUACUCAUGACAUUAGCUCAAAGACAUGGCAUGUCAUUGGAGAUGGAUUAGAGCGGUUUGUUCAAAUGACAAACUGGCGGUACGUGGAUUCAGAUAGAAGGUUCCAACAUGUUCUUGAGGCUUGUGGUGUUAACAAAUCUUUGAUUGCUUCUGGUGUAAAGGAAGGUGAUACUGUCGUCAUAGCUGGGUUGGAGCGAGUAUGGUAUAAUUCCCCAGGAAGUACUGGCACCUCAGGUGUGAGGAACAAGUCAACAGAUUCAAUCAGAUGGCCUGAUUGGAAAUGAACCACGCAUUGUUAAUAUGUUAUCUGAUAGUACGCAAGGGACAUCUAAGGAAGCACAUUUGGGAGCUUCACCAAUUAAUUCAACCUGGAAAUCGGUCAAUAUAUAUUUAUCAAUGGUUGUAAUGAUCCUGCUGUCCGGCAAAUUUGGCACCCGUCCUUCCUGCAAAGAUUCUGCCACUGAAAGUGAUGAAACUAUUUUUUCAAUGGCGUUGGUGCUCAGCAGGUCAUCAAUUAAGUAUUGCUAUCAGGAUUUACUACCUAAUUGUUCCACUUACUGACGGUUCAUUCUUGGUUACUCCACUUGUUUAGUGCACCUUGUAACUUCUCAAGCAAAUUACAAUUUGCAUAUAUGUUCUUCAGUUCGGUAGUCGGUUGAUGUAUGUUAUUUUAUUUCUCUGUUGUAAUUCUAUGUAAAUUUAGUGUAAUGGUAUGUAUGACCUUGUAGGUAAGAAGUAUUAAUAAAGGUGAUGGAGUAUUCGAAUGAA